AUGUCGUCUGGCGUUGUGCGCUCAACCGCCCUCAGGGCUGGCGGCGCUUGUGUUCGUUGUCGCAAAGGCAAGACCAAGUGUGUGUACGAGAAUGGCCGCGCGCCAUGCAAGAACUGCGCAAAGGGAAUGCACGACUGUUACUUGCCUUCAGAGACCAUGGCUCACCAUCACGGCCAAAGCCCUGCGCGACACGCCAACCCUCAUCGUCCCCCUCGCGACAGUCUUCCUGCUGCUGGACCUAGUGCUGCUACUGAAGCGCGACAGCCUGUCGUUGGUUCCAGUGCUGCUCGACAUGUUCAGGCUGGCUCUGAUAAACUUACUCCUGAGCUUAUUGCUGAGUGUGAGCGUGUUGUUUCAAAAACAUUUCCAGCCUGCGUCGCGUUCCACAAGCCAUCUUUUGUUCAACAGCUUAAGAGCGCGUCUUUGGACGCUGCCUUGGUUUAUGGUCUUUUGACCUGUGCAGCCCGGAGCUCACCGAGUCUUAUUCGACGUUAUGGGGGACCUACCCAAGCUGCGGAGACCUUUGCUGCUAAGGCAAUGACAUUGAUUAACCAAAACUUGGAUCAUCCAAAUCUUGUCGAUAUUCAAGCUUUGUGCUUGAUCAUUAUUCACGAGUGGGGCUCGCGCAAUGCCGUCCGCGCUUACAUUUAUUUGGGCCAGGCUGCGCGCAUGGUGCAGAUGUAUCGCAUCUUGAAUAGCCACCAUCCAUCCCCUGACGCUGAUCUGUUUCUGCGCGAUGAAUCGCUCCGACGUACAGUCUGGCUCAUCUACAUUCUGGAUUGCCUCUUGACCAGCACUCCUGGACGUUAUGCUGCGCUCUCUCCACACGACACGGCAGAUGUGUCUUUGCCUUGUUCAGACAUUAACUUUGCUUUUGGCAAUGCUGUGUUUGUCAAGACUUUGCGCCAGCAGCUCGAUCCCACUGCCGUUCCACCCGGCCAGCCUCCCUCUGAGAUCGGAGAGUUCGGUUAUAUCGUCUUGGCCUCGACCAUCUGGCGUGAUGUUGUUGCCAUGCUCACCACCACCACUCUCGCUAGCUUCCGUGAGGAGGACUGUGGUGAUUUGAUUGCAAAGAUUGAGGGCCUUCGGGCCGCUUUGCCCAUGCAGUUCGUGGACAAGCCGGGCCAGAUUAAUCUACAUAUGACAAUGGGUUCUGGCUACACUUUUGCCAUGCUUCACUGUCUUCUGCAUUGCGCGACGGUCUUCGUUCACAGAAGGCGAUUGUUGCAGGAGGUUACUGCAGUCAACUUCAGCCUUGACUCAUUCCGCCUCAACGCUCGAUGCCACGAUAUCAUUGACCGCCUCUUCACUUCUUGCCACGGCACGAUUUCACUACUCACUGCCGUUGAAGCAGGGUCUGAGAAGGACCAUGUUCCUUGCUUUCCAAUUUUCAUGCUGUUCUCUGCUUUCACAGCCAGUGCCACCGUUGCCUACCUAUCCCUCAAGGGUUUGACACCACCCAAUGCUGUCGAGACUGCCGCGCACAUCGUUAAGGACGGCCUGCGCUUCAUGAGCGACGGCACUGAAAACUGGCCUCUCAUGGGUAGCUGGCUACGACACCUAACCGUUAUGCAAAGGGUAUUGAACAAUGAUGCCGCGGCUUCCAACGGCAGUAGCCUGCGGCACGGCUCGACAUCCCACGGCGCCGGCGGUGUCAAGGAUGAGAUUUCGUCCAAUGCUGACACCAACCCCGACGCAAUGGACUACGAUCAACAGACCAACCAUGCAAGCAGUGUCUCAGGCCAGGGCAACCCUAAGAGAUCUUUGUCUGAGUCAGUGCGCGGCGACAGUGAACCUCCCGUCGUGCUCGCGAGACGACCAGGCGUUACGACCAUCAACGGUGGUUCGGGAGGAGCAUCUACUCCUACAACAGUUUCGCCGCCACCAUCGAACACACCUCAUGGUAUUGUGCAUCAUGAUAUCAAACAAUCCAGCCCAGAAAUGGCGAAUGGCAUCGUGCCUCCUCAAGAUGGGCAAACAACGAGUCAGGACAUGACAGCACCUGAGUUGUGCCAAGCGUUCGAGAGGCAGUUACUUGAUCUCGAUGAUCUUGCUGCUUUCAUGGGUGGCGGCGUGUAG